UUUUUGGGGGAGGGGUCAAAUCUGAUGAAGGUGGAAAUGAGAUUCUCAAAUCAGUUUUUGAAGUUUGGACUAAAGAAGGGGCUAUAUGCAUUCACCUUUCUUCUAGCCAUGUUGAUAAUUCUCCUCAGUGUGGCCUCACUCUCAAAAUUUUAUUCCCAAAGCUCCAUUUUGAGCACCUACAAAUUUGGCAUAUAUGGUGAUGUGCACAAUAAGAGAAUGGAAGAUAGAGUUGAUGAGAUCAUGGAUACAGUUAUGAACAAGCUUGUUGAAGAGAUAGAGCAUCUAAAGGAGCUAACAAGAGAUUCUGGAGCAGACCAAUCUGAGUUGAAGCAUGAGAGAUUGAAACACACUUCUUUUCUCAUUGAAAUGUUAGGCCUAGUGGGCUCUGCUAAGUCCGUGCUGCCUAGUGAGCGGCGACAUGCUCCUCACGGAGAAAGCCUCGGCCGUAAUGCUCAUCCGUUGUCUAAGAGUGGUCAACCGUACGAUGAAAUGAUCGAAUACUUUCUUGUGGAGGAGAUAAGGAAGUAUGCGAGGAUUAAGCCGAGCAGGCUGGGGAAGCAGAAUUUCAUGGGCGCCAACGGGACGUUCACGAGCAUCGGCCAUGCGUGUUUUGCGAUGAAAGAAGAGCUCGAGGAGUACAUGGACUACGAUGUGGGCGACUUCUGCAAAGAUGAUUGGAGACAGGCCCAGAGACUAAUGGUCCACGGCUGCGACCCCUUACCUAGAAGGAGAUGCUUUUCUAGAGCUCCAAAGCUAUAUGCUAAGCCUUUUCCUAUAAAUGAAUCCAUGUGGAAGCUCCCUGACGAUCGGAACGUGCGGUGGAGCCAAUACAGAUGCAAGAACUUUGCUUGCCUCGCGAAGAACGCCACGAAGAAAGGUUUUUUCAAGUGUUCUGAUUGCUUUAAUCUCACGCGCCAUGAAAUGCCCAGAUGGAUGGAGUUGGUCUAUCCUGAUCCUGCUUCGAACUUAACAGCUGAUUUCCUCAUCAAAGAAGUUCUUCAACUUAAACCUGGGGAGAUAAGGAUAGGGCUGGAUUUCAGUGUAGGGACCGGAACAUUUGCCGCGAGGAUGAGGGAGUUCAAUGUGACUAUCGUGUCAGCUACUAUAAACCUUGGAGCUCCCUUUAACGAGAUGAUUGCUUUACGAGGGCUCGUUCCUAUCUACUUGACUAUUAAUCAGAGGCUUCCCUUCUUCGACAACACGCUCGAUAUCAUCCACACGACGAGGUUUCUCGAUGGUUGGAUCGAUCUCAUACUCUUGGACUUUGUUUUGUAUGAUUGGGAUAGGGUUCUUAGACCCGGUGGCUUAUUAUGGAUCGACAGUUUCUUUUGCGCGAAGGAGGAUUUGGACGAUUAUUUGGAGGCGUUUAAGAUUCUGCGGUACAAGAAGCACAAGUGGGUUAUUGUACCAAAGAUGGAUAAAGAUGGUGAGGAAGUGUUCUUCUCAGCAGUUCUGGAGAAGCCACCUCGGCCUUUCUGAGGUGAUACAUGAGUUACUGUUUCAUUCUUGUUGAUGUUUCCACAUUCUGUAGUAUCUUGUUUCACGCUUUAGACGAACUUUUAAGUGAAGAGGGUGCUAAUGGCUUAUUCUAGAGCAUGUGUGCAAAAAUCAGUUGUGGAAGUUAUCAAGAGAUGAACUUCAAAUUGUAUCAGCAGUUUCAAACCCAGCUAAACUUGCUGUGCUCUGUACUGAAAAGGUUUCGCUGAUUAACUGUACCAAACAUUACAUGCUGCUUCUUCUUCUUCAUCUAAUUGUGAAGUGGUGCCUAAGGUAUGAAAGGACAACAGUUUUGAUCAAUUUGUUGCUUCCUUUUUUUCCUCUUCUUCUUUUUCUGUUUCCGGCUUUCCACUGGACAGAAUCUCUCUCAUUGCCAACAGCUAAUAAUAUUAAGA